AAGGUAACACGCCGACAUUAUUGCGACGAAUUACGUCAGCAGAUCAAUUUUCGGCUAAAUUUAAGAUUAUGCCAGUCAUACUGUUCCGUUCGUAAAAUGAAUUUCGCGUCCACUAAGUCGGUGUUAAAUGUUUUUGCGCUAAUCUUAACUGGGAUUAUCAUCAAAAUUAAUGCUGCCGUCAAUCUUAAUGUUGGACUAAUUCUGAAAUCGCUAUCCUUUUCAAACAUCACUCUGCCCGCAGACCUCAUAGAUGGAGCGUUAUUUUCAUCUUUUGCAUUGACUGCUGAUCUGAAGCGGAGCGAAGGGAAAGUAAACAUCAGUAUUACUGUCGCCGACAUCCUUCAGCGGAAUAAUUCAGAAUCGAAUUCAGUGUGCAAUCCAAGCGGAGCACUAAAGGCGUUCAGUAAUUUGGCAAACCAAAAUGUGGACGCAGUUGUGGGGCCAUCAUGUUUCGAAGAGAUGGAGGUCAUUGCGCAGGCAGCCAAAUCGUAUGGCAGUGCUCCCCCCAUAAUCGCGCCGGCUGCUGGAUUUCUCACUCAAAAUGGCUCAACCAUUUGGCGCAGUCUGCAGCCAAAACCAGAAAGAAUUUGGCCCAUUUUUGUGCACUUCACGCAAGCACAAAAGUGGCGAACACUUUGUGUCAUAGCGGAUAAUGGUGACCGUGGCUUUCGGAAGUUAUCCAGUCUUUUCACUACGAAAAUUCGGGAGGAUGCGGCAAACUUUGACUCAGCAGAAGAAUUUUCCUUUGAUAGCACGAAAGAUUACCCAAGCGAUAUCAACAGAAUUAUUUUGUUAUUGCCGUACAGAUGCAGAACGAUGAUAAUUAUUGCCGAUAUGCCCCUGUUCCUGACCUUUAUGAAACUGGCUGACGAUAAUGGCUUCAUCAAUAGCCGCUAUGCCUUUAUGCAUUUCGAUGGGCAUCGGUUUUCAAUGCCUGAUACGCUGACAAACAUGGCAGCGAACGCGUUUGAAUCUCGCAUGGAUGCUGCAAGAAUUCUGCAAAAUGUGGCAUUUUUCACACUUUAUCCCGAACUACAAAGUGAUGUCUGGCGCAAUCUUGCCAGCAGUAUCUACAACAAAGCGACAGCCUUAAGCGUGGAUAAAUAUGGGGACACUUUAGAGGAACUCCAGAACAACGUUUUAGUCUUGGCGUAUUCCCAAGCGGUCGAUCUGCUGGUCCAGGCAACGGCGUCACCUCCCGACCUAAAUAAGCUAAAAAGCGCUACAGUCAAUACAAAAGCCGCUGGAAAACUAACUUUAGACGAUGCCGGCAACAAAGUUCCGGACGGCGCUAUAAUGCACAUUAAACCGCCCGAGCAUGCAGACAGCGAUUUGGAACUGCUUGUUGUUACGGCGUACGAUGGCAACUCUGGACAGUUUUCCGACGUUCACGCAUUUGAGUGGAUUGGAGGCUCGGCACCCAGCGACACGCCACCAUGUGGUUUCUUUGACCCAAAAUGCUCUCGGACUAUUGCUCUUGCCAUAAUUUUCCCACUGUUGGCACUUUUGAUCCUGUUCCUGUUGUACAAAAUCUAUGUUUACCGGCGACACCAUGUCAGUAAAGUCCACGUGGCCGCCGAUUCGCCGGCUCCCUCCCAUCAUCAUUUCUUCUUCGAAAAGUUUAUUCAUAAACCGCACCAAGACGGCUCAUCGACCCAUCGCUUUCAUAUUGGCGGAACCCACGGACCGACGCAUCACAGCGCAGACAAUACGCUUGUGGGUCCAAACCGGAAACUGGAUGAUAAUGACAGCCGGCUUCUACGGUGGGACCAGAUUACUUUACAGCCCGAUUUGCACCGGCGAUCAGUGGGGCAUUGGGGUGACCUUUACGAGAAAACUAGUAGGACUGCUGUAAUGGGUAAAGAUCCGAAAAGGUCAGCCGCCAGUAUGCAACGUCUUUCAACAACCAACUACAAUUUUGGAGAACAAGCGCGACUGGGGGUUUACAAAAAUUAUCCGGUUUGCUUAUAUUACGUCAAGAACCAUGGCCCGGAACUGGAUGAUAGUGAACGGUUGGAAAUACUCCUGACAGCCGGACUAUUUCAUGCAAAUGUUGCACAAUUUUUUGGACUGGCUUUUGAUGAAUCAAUGGCUGCUUUGGUGUAUGAGUGCCCAGUUCGUGGGACGCUAUACGGAUUGCUCCAAAAUAUGUCGCUACGACUUGACCUUCCGUUGAAGUACUGUUUCAUCCAAGACGUUUUAAGUGGCUUGGUAUAUCUCCAUGACUCAAAAGUUCGCGUCCAUGGGUGUCUCUCCACACACACUUGUUUUAUCGAUGAAUUUCUACGGGUUCGUCUAACUGAUUAUGGCCUGCAUUCGUUCCACCGUAUGGAUGAUCCCCUCGUCAGUCCCGACGUCACCCCAAUACGAUAUCUGUGGAUCGCACCGGAAGUGUUACGUCAGAAGACCAACCAAGCAAAAACCCAGGAGGGCGAUAUGUACAGUCUAGGAAUGGUGAUCUAUCACAUACUAGCCCGAAAACUUCCGUACACUGGGACCACAAGUGACAUUCUGAGUCUGAUAACUGCUCUGGAAACCGGAACAGCAGUUUCUCGGCCUGAAAUCGACCAAGCUUUCGAUAAUGUCGAUCAGGGCUUAGUCAAAGCCAUGCAGGAAUGCUGGAGCGAUGAACCCCGGCAAAGACCGAAAUCAUCGGCCUUGCUGCAAAAUUUGGCUGUGUUAAAGAAACAAUCCAGUGUAAUGGCAUCGGAAGAUGUGGCUUUACGGUUACGCAAUUAUUCCGAUCAGCUAGAGCGGCUGGUGAAUGAGCGAACACACGGUUACUACCGUGAGAAAGACAAGGCAGACGAAAUGCUCUUCCAUGUUCUACCGCCUUCUAUCGCUACGAAAAUCAAAGCCGGGGGAUCGUUUCAAGCACAAAUUUAUCCUGACGCCUCUGUUCUUAUGUCGAGUGUGGUGGAUUUCCCGAACAUUGUGAUAAAGUACAAACCCGAAGAGGUCGUGUCGUUCCUCAAUGAGGUAUAUACGCUUUUCGAUGGAUGCAUAAAGGAAGUCGGUAUUACUAACAUUGAAUCGAUUGGAGAUACUCGGAUCGCAGCCUCCGGUCUGCCGGACCCGAAUCCGGAACGGCAUGCAGUAGAUAUGGCGACGUUUAGUCUGAACCUUAUAGCGAAGGCAACUACACUGACCAACCUGCCCGUUAACGAGGAGCUCAAAUUUCGAAUCGGUAUCAGCUCAGGCCCGGUCUCCAGUGGCCUGAUCAACCUGGCCCUUCCCAAAUUCUGCAUCUUUGGAGAGACGAUUAACAGUUCAGCCAAAAUGCAGGCGCUAUCAGCACCAAACCGUAUACAUAUUGCUAGUACAACCAAAAGCGCCCUGGACAGGUUUAAGAUGUUUGAUGUGGAGAUGCGACGUGACAGGAAGAUUUCUAUUGCGCCGGGAUUUAAAGGUGCCGCGGAGACGUACUGGUUGAACGGGUUUAAGGUGGUCAGUCAUUCGGAAUCCGAAGAAAUCGACGCCCUGUCGGAAGCCAACUCUCAAGCCCCCGUAAUAACCGUUGACCCUUUCGCCAAUGUUUAACACUGGUAGUUCUAUUUUUACAAGAUUUUAAUUUUAAUGCGACUGUUUCCAUUUACACGAGAGACCUAUUUCAACUGUAAUCGCAAGUCUGCAGCCUGGUUUUAUUUUUUUAACCGCGAAUAUCGUUCUUUAACAUUCUUUUUUAACGUUCUUUAUCGCGCUUUGUGUAUCUCAAUAAAAAACGGGCACCGUGG